AUGGCCACCGAGGAGUACCUGUUUCGCUUCCUGGAACAGGGCAAGAGAUAUGAGGAUCUGCCCCCCAGAUUCAGACAGACCCUGACUGAGGACGACUGGCGCCGCAAGGUCAAGACCUUCUGCAUCGUGCGUGGCUUCAGCUGGGUGGCCUCCGUCGCCAGCACCGUCUGCCCCGAGGCGGAGUACUACGAUGACCUGCUGGCCCACUGCCGCGCGCACCGCCGCCUCUUCCCCUACCACCUGUCGGAGUACGUGUGCCGCGUGGCGCGCGUCACGCCCUUCAAGUACUACUCCGGCCUGCUGGCCGACCUCAUGCGCGAGGACCUGCCCUACGACUCGGUGCCCAACUUCACCGCCGCCGACAUCGUGCGGGUGGUGGGCAUCGGGCGCAACGAGUACAUCGCCGCCAUGGCCAAGUCCAAGAAGCUGAUGUGGCGCAUGAACCGCGGCGCGGUUCGCGACCACCUCCCCGCCGAGCCGCGGCCGCCCUCGCCCGAGCCCUGGUGGACGGUGCACGUGAUCUCGGUGCCCCCACUGGAGGGCUUCGUCAGCAACCGCUCCGGCGGCGGCGGCGACGCCGACCCGCUGGAGACCCUGCUCUACUCCGUCUUCGUGGCCGCCUCGGAGCGCGUGACCGUGGCCGACCUGGCCGCCAUCCUGGGCGUGGACGUGCCCACGCUGCGGGUGGCGGUGUCGAUGGCGUGCCGGCUGGGAUUCUGCCGCAAGCUGGACGAGGCGGAGGCGGGGCUGAGCCGCGAGGCGUCGCAGGCCGGCUCCACGCCCAGCCCCUCCCCCCGCGCCUCGCUGUCCGAGCCCUUUGUGCUGGGCAUGACGCCCACCCCCCGCACCACCAGCGCCUGCGAGGGUGGGGCUCACGCGGCCUCGCAGGGGGACCCGGGGCAGGAAACCCUGAGCCGGGCGCCGUCCGGCCCAACGCCGUCCGGCCCUGCGCCGCCGGGGCAGGCACCCCCCAUGCCCAGCAACUCCGCCUCCGCCCCCGGCACACAGCGGGGGGGGCGCGGCGUGGCGCUGGUGGUGGACAGCGAGGUCACAGGCUACCUGAUGAUGGGCGCGCUGACCCCCGCCUGCAAACGCCACUCGGUGUCGCUGUUCGAGGGCGGGCGCGUCAGCGGCGCGGCCGUGGUCGCCGAGCUGGCGGCGGAGCUGGAGGCCAGCGCGGCCGCGGGGGCGGCCUUCGAGGGCGAGAUGCGCGCGCUGGCGGGAUACGCGGCGGGCCUGGCGACGCUCAUGCGCGCGCUGAUGGCCCCCGGCGCCCGCGGCGCGGCGCCGCGCCCGCUGGAGCUCCUGCGCGCCGAGAGCCUGGCCAGCCUGGCCCCCGCCGCCGCGCACCGCAUCCUGGCCGCCUCCUACGCGGCGCUGGUACCCGUGGCGGGGCUGGGCGGCGCGCCGCUGCCGCAGUCGCUGCGCCGCGCCGGUCCGGUGGGCCUGGGCCCCUCCCCCGCCGCCGCCUCGCCCUGGCUGCUCCUGGCGCUGCUGCGCGAGGCGCCGGGCGCGCCGCCCGCACUGGUGCUCGCCGCGGGCCAGCGCUGCCGGCGCCUGCCCGCUUGCCUCGCCGCCUGUCCCGCUGCUUUGUUGUGGGCCUGGGCGGCGGAUGGCGGCGCGGCGCGGGGCUGCGCCGAGCCUGCUCUGGUCCCCCGGGCGGGGCUGCUGGCCGCGCUGAACGACGCGCUCGCGCGCUCGCCGCUCCUCGUCCUGCCCCUGGACUGGGUGGCGGGGGUGCCGCCGGGCGCGGCCUCCCUCCGCGACGCUGUGGAGGAUCUCGAGAUCGCAGAGGGCUCGGCGGGGGAGGGGUGGGCCGACUUUGACGCCAGCGACCUGGCAGACGCCAGCGGGGCCCCCGCCGGCGACCCCUCCUCGCUGAGCCCAGGGGCGGGGCCCCUCCACUCGCUGGCGGGGUGGGCCGACGGCGUCGGCGGCGCGUGGGAAGCUGACGGCGCGGCGCCCAGGGAACAGGCCGCCUGCGGCGCCGCAGGCGCGCACGAGGAGCCGGAGGAGGUGCGGCGGCGGCUGGACGCGCUGCGCCUGGUCCCCAGCCUGACCCGUACCUGGCCCGCGGGGGCGGGUGGCGGUGCAGUGUACGACCAGGGCCCUGGCCUGCAAGACGAGUCAUUGCCGCCCGCAGGUGGGCAGGGAAAGGGCACGCACCUGCUCGCCGGCUUCCGGCUCUGCGGCGCGGGGGAGCCGGCGCGGGAGGUGGCGGUGCCCGCCCCGGAAGGGCUCCUGCCGGCGCUGCAGCGCCUGGGCCUGGCGGGGCGGCUGGGCACGCUGCGCCUGAUCCGGGGCAAGGAGGACGGCUGGGCCCCCAUCAGCGUGGAGCUGGGGGUGCCCCUGCAGCCCCCGGAGCUGUGCCGCGCUGUAUGCGGCUCCAGCUGCCUGGCCGGCGGAUUGGACGAGGCCUGCCUCCAGGCGCAGCGGGAGCGGGCCGAAAGACUGCAGGGCCGGCUGGAGGAGCUCAUGGGCAUGCAUGGCCAGACCCUAGCGACCAGGGAGGGGCCCGACGAAGACCUGUCCAGCCACGUUGACUGGCCACACACCAACCUGUGGGUGGCCGAGGGCCGGGUGGAGCCGGUGGACCUCGCCGCCAGCCUGCAGGGCCUCGCCCUCUUGCAGUGA